UUGAAAUGAGAAACGCAGAAACACGUGUUUCAUGCUCACAGCUAACCCGUCGUCUUUGUAACAAGUGUCAUACGGAGGCAUUUCUGACCUUUGGGUUCUCACUGCCAGAAUAAGCUGCUAGUUGUUUGUGAGAGCUGAUAGGAAACUCCUUCAGUUCAUUCACCAGCUCCAGCUGACCCUUCACCCAAAUACAGCUCCAGGGACACUAAGACAGGUCAGAACGGACAGAAAGAGGCUCGGAGACACUCACAGACAGGCCAUUUUAGAUGCUUAAAAAGACUCCCUCCUGAAGGACUUACGUUCAGUCCUGCUGAUGGCCUCUGAGCUGGAUUUCUCAUGUCCUCUACGCUCUGUUGUUGUAAACUGACAGCCUGUUUGGAUGCCUCCCUUGAGAAGCUGAUGCAAGAGAUCCAGCUUUUGCAGCGCGGCAAACCACUUAGAGGGGGAUUGUUGUGUGCUAACAGAUAGUGAGACAGUCGAUUCAACUGACCAUCUGUCCAUCCAAUCAGACGCCAUGGAACAAACAGCUCCAGAUUUAUCAUGCCCUUCUGAAGUUACCACGGAAGCUUCCAGGCCCAGGUUUGGAGCAGCUGAAGAAGCCAGAGAGAAGCUGAAGUUCAUCUUGGGAGCGUCUGAAGAUAACUCGUCUGAUGACGAACCUCAAGCUCUGGGCCAAACUGCCAAACCUCAAAACUCAGCAGCCCCUGAAGCCACAACUUCGACCUCACAGGAGACGCAGACCCCCCCUCAGCCCUCCAUAAGCAUAAGGCCUAGUAUGUCUGGUCCCCACCUGAUGAGGAGAGGCCGAGAGCAGAGGAGGAUGGACGUGCCCAGAGAUUUCACCGUGGCCUCUCCGGCCGAAUUCGUCAAACGCUUUGGAGGAACCCAUGUCAUAGAAAAGGUGCUCAUAGCCAACAACGGCAUUGCGGCAGUGAAAUGCAUGCGCUCCAUCCGCCGCUGGUCCUACGAAAUGUUCCGCAACGAGAGGACCAUUCGCUUCGUCGUCAUGGUAACACCCGAGGACCUGAAAGCCAAUGCAGAGUACAUUAAAAUGGCGGAUCACUACGUGCCGGUUCCUGGAGGGCCCAACAAUAAUAACUACGCCAACGUGGAGAUGAUUGUGGACAUCGCUAAGAGGAUUCCAGUGCAGGCAGUGUGGGCCGGGUGGGGUCACGCCUCGGAAAACCCCAAGCUGCCGGAGCUGCUCCAUAAAGCAGGCAUUUCUUUUUUAGGUCCUUCCAGUAAAGCCAUGUGGGCUCUGGGAGAUAAAGUAGCGUCUUCCAUCGUAGCUCAGACUGCAGGAAUUCCCACUUUACCCUGGACUGGAACUGGGCUGAAGGUGCCCUGGGGGGAGGAGGAACAGAGGCCAGGCCACGUGGUCAGCGUCCCACUGGACAUUUACAGUAAAGGCUGUGUGAGGGACGUGGAAGAAGGCCUCGCUGGGGCAGAGAAGAUCGGCUAUCCUUUAGUGAUUAAGGCCUCAGAGGGGGGUGGAGGGAAGGGCAUCAGGAAAGUGGACAGUGCUGAAGACUUCCCCAGCUUCUUCAGACAGGUCCAGGCGGAGGUGCCGGGUUCUCCGAUCUUCAUCAUGCAGCUGGCUCAGCACGCUCGUCAUCAGGAAGUGCAGAUCCUGGCGGAUGAGUACGGAAACGCCAUCUCUUUGUUCGGCCGAGACUGCUCCAUCCAGCGGAGGCACCAGAAGAUUAUCGAGGAGGCUCCGCCCACCAUCGUUUCACCAGCCACCUUCGAGCAGAUGGAGCGGUACGCAGUGCGCAUGGCUAAGAUGGUGGGCUACGUGAGCGCGGGGACGGUGGAGUAUCUGUUCUCGGAGGACGGCAGUUUUCACUUCCUGGAGCUGAACCCCAGACUGCAGGUGGAACAUCCCUGCACUGAGAUGAUCGCAGACGUGAACCUGCCCGCUGCACAGCUACAGAUUGCGAUGGGGAUUCCUCUGUACAGAAUUAAGGAAAUUCGAGUGCUGUAUGGUGAGUCGCCGUGGGGGGACACCCCGAUUAAUUUUGAGUCUCCGGAGUGCACCCCCUGUCCUCGAGGACAUGUCAUUGCAGCGCGCAUCACAAGUGAGAACCCAGAUGAGGGCUUUAAGCCGAGUUCAGGCACAGUGCAGGAGCUGAACUUCCGCAGCAAUAAGAACGUUUGGGGCUAUUUCAGUGUUGGGGCCACAGGCGGUCUGCACGAAUUUGCCGAUUCGCAGUUCGGCCACUGCUUCUCCUGGGGAGAGAAUCGCGAGGAGGCCAUCUCUAACAUGGUGGUAGCUAUGAAGGAGCUGUCUAUCCGGGGGGAUUUCAGGACCACCGUGGAGUAUCUCAUUAAACUGCUGGAGACGGAGAGCUUCAGGAACAACGACAUCGACACAGGUUCUGACCACCUGAUUGCUGAGAAAGUGCAGGCGGAAAGGCCGGACACCAUGCUGGGAGUCGUGUGUGGAGCCCUCCAUGUAGCCGAUGCUAAUUUCAGGAAGAGCAUGUCUGACUUCCUGCAUUCACUGGAGAGGGGUCAGGUGUUACCUGCUGCCAGCCUGGUUAACACCGUGGAUGUGGAUCUGAUCUACGAGGGAAUCAAAUACUCCCUUCAGGUGACUCGGCAGUCCCCCACCACCUACGUGAUCAUCAUGAACAGGUCAGAUAUUGAGAUUGACGUGCACAGGCUGAGCGACGGCGGCCUGCUGUUCUCCUACAGCGGCAGCAGCUACACUACCUACAUGAAGGAGGAAAUAGACAGCUACCGGAUCACUGUGGGCAACAAGACGUGCGUGUUUGAGAAAGAACGCGACCCUACGGUGCUCCGCUCGCCCUCUGCUGGAAAACUGCUGCAGUACAUUGUGGACGAUGGGGGUCAUGUGACAGCUGGACACCCAUACGCUGAAAUAGAGGUGAUGAAGAUGGUGAUGACGCUGACGGUUCAGGAAUCGGGCUGUGUUCAUUUUGUGAAGAGGCCAGGCGCAAUGCUGGAGCCAGGCUGUGUAGUAGCCCACAUGGACCUGGACGACCCCAGUAGUAUUCACCCUGUGGAGCUGAACACUCAGCCUUUACCUGCUCAGGAGCCCCUUCCCAUGGUGGGUGAGAAGCUGCACCAGAUAUUCCACAACGUCCUGGAGAACCUGGAGAAGGUGAUGGAUGGAUACUGCCUCCCAGAGCCCUACUACAGCAGCAGACUGAAUAAGUGGGUGGGCACUCUGAUGAAAACCCUGCGCGACCCCUCCCUGCCCCUGCUGGAGCUGCAGGAGAUCAUGACCAGCGUGUCUGGACGUAUCCCUGUUACUGUGGAGAAGGCCAUCCGUAAGGUCAUGGCUCAGUACGCCAGCAACAUCACCUCCGUCCUCAGCCAGUUCCCCAGCCAGAGGAUAGCCAAUAUCCUGGACAGUCAUGCGGCCACUCUGCAGAGGAAAGCAGACCGUGAGGUUUUCUUCAUAAACACUCAGAGCAUCGUGCAGCUGGUGCAGAGGUAUCGCAGUGGUAUUCGAGGCUAUAUGAAGUCUGUGGUGUUGGACCUGCUGCGGCGCUACCUGCAGGUGGAGAUGCAGUUUCAGCAAACCACCUAUGAUAAAUGUGUGAUAAACCUGAGGGAGCAGCAUAAACCGGAUAUGACCCCUGUGCUGGAGUACAUCUUCUCCCACGCUCAGAUCUCCAAGAAGAACAUUCUCGUCACAAUGCUCAUAGACCAGCUGUGUGGGCGGGACCCAACGCUGCCGGAUGAUGUUAUGGUGAUUCUGAAUGAUUUCACUCAGCUCAGUAAGAUGGAGAACUCAAAAGUCGCUCUGUGUGCCAGACAGGCACUCAUUGCGUCUCAUUUACCCUCAUAUGAGGUGAGACACAACCAGGUGGAGUCCAUCUUUCUGUCUGCUAUAGACAUGUACGGCCACCAGUUCUGCCCUGAAAACAUGAAGAAACUCAUCAUGUCUGAAACCUCCAUCUUCGAUGUUCUGCCCAGUUUCUUCUACCACAGCAACCGGGUGGUGUGCAUGGCUGCUUUAGAGGUGUACGUACGGAGGGGUUAUAUAGCCUACGAGCUGAACAGCCUCCAGCACCAUCAGCUGCAGGACGGGACGUGUGCUGUACUAUUUCAGUUCAUGCUGCCCUCAUCCCAUCCUAACAGAGGGAGCAGUCCCACCUUGAACAGGUUGUCGUUGGCGGUGAGCAGCUCUGAUCAGUUUGAGACGAUGCGGCGGCAGGGCAGCGAGCUCUUCCUGGAUGGAUCGCUGUCUCCUCCCUGUCAGAGGAUGGGAGCCAUGGUGGCCUUUCAGUGCUUCGACGACUUUAAGAGGUGUUUUGAUGAGGUGAUUUCCUGCUUUGCUGACCCGCUGUGUGAGAGCUCGUUGUUCACCGACUCUGUCUCCGGCCUCUACGAUGAGGAGAGCAGUAAGAGCAUGAGGGAGAAUCCCAUUCACAUCAUCAACGUCUCAAUCAAAUCGGCUGACACUGAGGACGAUGAUGCUUUGGUCAAAGCGUUCACUGACUUUGCUCAGUCCAAAAAAGCUCUGCUAUAUGAGUACGGAAUCAGAAGAAUUACGUUCCUGCUGGCACAGAAAAGGGAAUUUCCCAAGUUCUUCACUUUCAGAGCCAGAGAUGAGUUUCAGGAGGACCGGAUCUAUCGGAAUCUGGAGCCGGCUCUGGCCUUCCAGCUUGAGCUGAACCGCAUGAGGAAUUUCGACUUAAAGGCCGUUCCCUGCGCCAACCACAAGAUGCACCUGUACCUGGGAGCUGCUCGCGUAGAGGAGGGUGCUGAGGUCACUGACUACCGCUUCUUCAUCAGAGCCAUCGUCCGCCACUCAGACCUUGUCACCAAGGAGGCCUCGUUCGAGUACCUGCAGAACGAGGGCGAGCGCCUGCUGUUGGAGGCGCUGGAUGAGUUGGAGGUGGCGUUCAGUAACACUCCGACACGCACAGACUGCAACCACAUCUUCCUCAACUUUGUCCCCACUGUCAUCAUGGAUCCCAUCAAGAUUGUGGAGAAUGUCCGCACUAUGGUGAUGCGCUACGGCCGACGUCUGUGGAAACUGCGUGUGCUGCAGGCUGAGCUGAAGAUGGGAAUCCGUCUGACUCCCAACGGAAACACCAUCCCAAUCCGCCUCUUUAUCACCGACGAAAGCGGAUACUACCUCGACAUCAGCCUCUACAAGGAGGUGACGGACCCCACAACGGGACAGAUCAUGUUCGAGUCGUACACAGGGAAGCAUGGCCCGUUACACGGAAUGCUCAUCAACACCCCCUACGUCACUAAAGACCUGCUGCAGGCCAAACGCUUCCAGGCCCAGAGCCUCGGCACCACCUACGUCUACGACUUCCCUGAGCUCUUCCGUCAGGCUCUGUUUAAGCUGUGGGGGCCGGACGACAGCUACCCUAAAGAUGUGCUGCAGUGUAAUGAGUUGGUGUUGGAUCCUCAGGGCAGACUCGUACAGAUGAACCGACUGCCUGGGGACAACGAGGCCGGGAUGGUGGCGUUCCGGAUGACGAUGAAGACUCCGGAGUACCCUGAGGGACGGGAGAUCAUCGUGAUCUGUAAUGACAUCACGUAUCGGAUCGGUUCUUUCGGACCCCAGGAGGACCAGCUGUUCCUGCGAGCGUCUGAGCUGGCCCGGGUCGAGGGCAUCCCACGUAUUUACAUCUCAGCCAAUAGCGGUGCUCGCAUUGGUCUGGCUGCAGAGGUCCAGAACAAGUUUCAGGUGGCCUGGCUCGACCCCAGUGACCCCUACAAGGGUAUUAAGUACCUGUACCUGACCCCCCAGGACUACACACGCAUCAGCACAACUAACUCCGUCCACUGCCGCCAUGUGGAAGAGGAAGGGGAGUCCAGGUACAUCAUUACAGACAUCAUCGGGAAGGAGGAGGGUCUCGGGGUGGAGAAUCUCAGGGGGUCGGGGAUGAUAGCAGGAGAGUCAUCACAGGCGUACGAGGAGAUUGUCACCAUCAGCAUGGUGACGUGUCGAGCUAUAGGCAUCGGGGCGUACCUGGUUCGCCUGGGACAGAGAGUCAUACAAGUGGAAAACUCCCACAUUAUCCUCACUGGAGCAGGGGCCCUCAACAAGGUGCUGGGCCGAGAGGUGUACACCUCCAAUAACCAGCUGGGUGGAGUGCAGAUCAUGCACAACAACGGAGUCACACACACCACUGUGCCUGACGACUUUGAGGGGGUCUUCACCAUCCUGAAGUGGCUCUCAUACAUGCCAAAGAACAAGUUUACUCCAGUGCCAGUGAUGCCCCCUACUGACCCAGUGGACAGAGAGAUAGAGUUUGUCCCCACCAAAGCUCCGUACGACCCUCGGUGGAUGCUCUGUGGACGACCCCACCCCAAUGUGAAGGGGGCGUGGCAGAGCGGCUUCUUCGACCAUGGUACCUUCAUGGAGGUGAUGUCCGUGUGGGCUCAGACGGUGGUGGUGGGAAGGGCCAGGCUUGGCGGGAUUCCUCUCGGAGUCAUUGCUGUGGAAACGCGGACCGUCGAGCUCACCAUCCCAGCAGAUCCAGCUAAUUUGGACUCGGAGGCGAAGAUCGUACAGCAGGCUGGGCAGGUGUGGUUCCCUGACUCAGCAUAUAAAACAGCUCAGGCCAUCAAAGACUUCAACAGGGAGAAUCUGCCCCUCAUGGUCUUCGCCAACUGGAGAGGCUUCUCUGGAGGGAUGAAAGACAUGUAUGACCAGGUGCUGAAGUUCGGCGCGUAUAUUGUGGAUGCUCUGAGAGAGUUCCGUCAGCCUGUCCUGGUCUACAUCCCUCCCCACGCUGAGCUGAGAGGAGGAUCAUGGGUAGUGAUCGACCCCACUAUCAACCCUCAGUACAUGGAGCUCUACGCUGACAGAGAGAGCAGGGGUGGUGUAUUAGAGGCAGAAGGAACGGUGGAGAUUAAGUUCAGAAAGAAGGAUCUGCUGAAGACGAUGCGCAGGAUCGACCCUAAGUACGCUCGACUGGCCGAACAGCUCAACUCUGUGGAGCUGUCGGAGGACGAGCGCAGUGAGCUGGAUGCUCAGCUGAGAGCCAGAGAAGAGUUCCUUCUGCCCAUCUACCACCAAGUAGCUGUGCAGUUUGUCGACCUCCAUGACACGCCUGGGAGAAUGCAGGAGAAGGGCGUCAUCACGGAUAUCCUGGACUGGAAGAACGCUCGGUUGUUUUUCUACUGGCGUCUGCGGCGCCUCCUGCUGGAGGAGGUGGCGAAGGGUGAGAUUGUGCAGGCCAACAAGGACCUGAGCAACGGUCACAUCCAGUCCAUGCUGCGCCGCUGGUUCAUCGAGACUGAGGGGACCGUCAAAGCCUAUUUGUGGGACAAUAAUAAAGCUGUGGUGGAGUGGCUGGAGAAACAUCUGUCACAGCAGGACGGCACACGAUCAGCCAUCAGAGAGAACAUCAAAUACCUCAAGAGGGACUACGCUCUCAAACACAUACGCAGCCUGCUGGAGGCCAAUCCGGAGGUCGCUAUGGACUGCAUCAUGCACAUGGCCCAGAACAUCACUCCGUCCCAGAGAGCCAAAGUGUCCCACCUGUUGGCCACUAUGGACAACAACACCAGCACUAGCUAAACACAGACCACCGGAGAUACAGAUUAAACACCACGCACAAUAAACAUGCCAGUCGAGCCUUGAGUGGAUGGUGAGGAUUCAUAAGCAGGCUGUCCACUUUUAGCUGGGUCAGAAGCAGGUAAGACAAUAUAAGAUGGACUAUAAAAGAGGACUUUUCUUUUGUCUGUAUCUCAGGAUCUAAACACGCACACACGAAGAUGCCAAGUCACUCCGAGUACAUUUCUUUCAGUUCUGUGUUCAGAUAUUGAGCAUUUCACCUUUCAUGAUAUGUUCAAUGUGGGGUUUUUGUUUUUUUGGUGGUUAUUCCUCUGCACCAAUGUCUGAGCACUUGUACGUUUUGUCUUCAAGAUGUUAAUUUUCAUAUCCUUCACACUUGUUGCCUUAAAAACAAAUCACCGCACAAAUAAGUACAACCACUUUAUGCUGUAAGCAUUGCCUGCAUUUCACAUUUAAGCCUUGCGUUUUUUGUUAUUUCAGUCCAUAUAAUAUGUCAAGGUCCAGAUCAAAGGAUGUCCGACUCCAGUCCUGCAGCACUACUAAACCUGACACAACUAAAUCAGCUUAUAAGCUCAUUUCCAAGCCCUUGAUUUACUGUCAUUAGUGCAGUUAGACAAUAACACUAAGUACUGUCCUUCAGAACUGGAGUCUGACAUGCCGAGUCUGGAUGGAGCUGCCUUUUUCCGACACAUGAAUGUACUGUCAUGAGUUGAAGACUGAAAACCAAAUAGCUUUGAUUGGUGUAAUUUUAAAGGAUUAAGUUAAUCUGAAAUGCUAAUGAUGCCAACAGUAAAUGAAACUGAACUACUACAAAAUAGCAUUACCAGACAUCAGGCCAAUUGUCCUAGUUGUGCUCCAUCCACAAAUGAGUUCAAAAUCCUUUUCAACCGACAAAGAAACUGUAGAACACAACUCUGAGGAAAACCCGAGUCUGUUCUACAGUUUCUCAUUAGGCUGAAUGAAUAACCGACUCUAAAUGUAGGUAUUGUGAUAUAAACUGAGUCUGUUCUACAGUUUCUCAUUAGGCUGAAUGAAU